AUGCCUAGCAACUCAAAUGUACCACCUCAACGACGCCUUCGCUUGCUUGCCCUUGAUGGAGGUGGAGUCAGAGGCCUCGUUAGCUUGCUCAUAUUGAAGAGAUUGAUGCACCUUAUUAACCCCAAAGAACCGCCAAAACCCUGUGAUGUUUUUGAUAUGAUCGUUGGGACAAGUACUGGCGGUCUCAUCGCAAUAAUGUUGGGAAGGCUUAGGAUGGACGUGUCAUCAUGCAUCGAGGCAUACACUGACAUGUCUAAGGAUGUCUUCAAGAUCUCAUUAUGGACGAAGAUCCUAGGCCGUACCUUCUUCAAUAUAAUUGGAAGGGCAACGUUUGAUUACAAAGUACUUGAAGACAAGAUCCGUGGCUUGGUACAAGACCGUCUUAGGGAUACAGACGCAGCCCUGCUCGAGGAGGACCCUGAGUGCAAGAUGUUUGUCUGUGCCAGCAUGUCGAACGCAGACACGCGACGACUAAGGAACUAUCAUUCUAGUAUCGAGGAGGCCUCGAACUGCCGCAUCUGGGAAGCAGCACGGGCAACAUCAGCAGCGCCUACUUUCUUUGACCCUAUCACCUUCAGCAGCGGUUGCACAUUUCGUGACGGCGCGCUUAGGAGUAACAAUCCGAUAUUCGAGCUUGUCGAUGAAGUCCAGACCGCAUUUCCGGAUCUAGAGGUAUCCUGUAUAGUCAGCAUAGGGACGGGAAUACCGGGCCCUAUAACCUUAAGAAAUAGCCUUAUGUCGGUAGCUAAGGCCUACGCGAAGAUCAUGACAGAUGCAGAACAUGUGGCUGAACAAUUCAAGAAGAUAUAUUGCUCGCCUGAUGCUGGAUUUAAGGGCAAGUACUUCCGUUGUAGCCCUACAGGUAUAGGGGACGUGAGGCUCGAUGAGUGGGAGAAGGUGGAUGUCAUGAUAAGUAGUACCGAAUCUUAUCUACAAAAAAUGGCCGAAGACCUCAAGGAUUGUGCGACGCACCUCAGAUGA